AUGAAGCCCCAGCUCCUCCUCACCAGCGCCCUCGCCGCCCUCGCCCUGGGCACCACCAACACCGCCGCUGCCGCCGCUGCCGCCGCGCAACAUGACGCCGAUGCGGCAAAGCGGUGCGGCAGGCUCGGCGUCAUGAAGAUCGACCCGGCAGACCUGCCGGCGGGAGUGGACCCGUCGGAGGUGCGCAUGUGCGCGGACCACCCGCUGAGCCCGCGGAACUUGUGGGGCUACGGCGAUGCCAUGCCGGGGUGGUUCCCGUGGGGUGUCGUGGACAGGGUGUUGGAUUUGUAUGAGGGGGUGAUGAUGACGGAGCAGGGGGCUGAGGCUGGGCGGGAGGGUGAGAGCAAGAUGCGGGAUGGGCAUGCGUUUGCGGGUAGUCGGGGCAGGGGCCGGGAGCUGUAA